AUGAAGGUCAGAAUACGGUGUCGUACUAGGGAAGAACGUCCUCCUCCAACUGCCAUUCCAUAUCCAUCUCGCCAUCCAAACCCUGCUACAAAGAAUAUUUUACCGCGCAAUUGUUUCAGAAUUCUCGCGAGUUCAAAUGGGGUAGAUACGAAGACUGAAGAGGACAGCGAAAAUGACGUACAAGAGCAAGGAAUUGCAGAAGGUAGUAAGAUUUCAGUGGGAGUUACGUCAACCGGUCCUGCGUUCGAUAAAGAUCUCAAAAAGGUGGUUCAAAAAACUGCUGCUACUUUUGCUCCAAGAGCUUCCACCGCAUCGAAAAAUCCUGCGGUACCUGGAACUGUUUUGUAUUCGGUGUUUGAGGUUCAAGGGUAUGCCUCUAUGUUUUUGGGUGGAGUUCUCUCUUUCAAUCUCAUAUUCCCAUCAAAUGAACCAGACAUUUGGAGACUAAUGGGCAUGUGGUCCAUUUGGAUGUUCACUAUUCCUUCCCUUCGUGCACGAGACUGCUCAAAGAAUGAGAAAGAAGCUCUCAAUUAUCUCUUUCUCCUUAUUCCAUUGCUUAAUGUCAUAAUUCCAUUUUUCUGGAAAUCAUUUGCUGUCGUUUGGUCAGCAGAUACUGUAGCCUUUUUCGGAAUGUAUGCUUGGAAGCUUGGAUGGCUACAACAGAGCGAAUAG